AGUGAGUGCUUUCGGAGUUAGAGAGAGAAGAACAUGACCGAGGUGUAAAAGUAGAAACAAAGCAAGAAAAGAAACACAUCAAACAGACAGCAAAUGCCAUAACUCCCCACAUUCGAAACUUUCCUUAUCUCUCUCUCUCUCUCUCUCUCUCUCUCUCUCUCUUUGCUUCUCCGAAACUCAACCUCCUCCUUAUAACACCCUAUCUUGCCCGAAAACCCUAGCGCUUCUGCAGUUCCUUGAUCCUACUUGUGAUCUUCUUGUUCAUCUUUCGAGAAUUUUUUAAGAUAUGUCUUUGAUUUCUUGAUAAUUUAUGUUUGAAUUGUCAUUUAUCGUGGCAAUCGGAGCUUUGAUGGUGGAAAUUUGAGGCAUUGAUUUAAGAGAGGGUUUUUGAUAUGGCGGCGGGAGGUGCAUUGUCGUUUUCAGUGGCGUCAGUGGUGGAGGAUGUUCUUCAGCAGCACGGGGUUCGGUCCAGAGAGAUUGAUUUGGACUCACGCAGAGCAGAGGAGGCCGCAACAAGACGGUAUGAGGCAGCUGGGUGGCUAAGAAAGAUGGUUGGAGUUGUUGCUGCUAAAGAUUUGCCAGCAGAGCCUUCUGAGGAAGAGUUUCGGCUUGGAUUGAGAAGUGGCCUGAUUCUAUGCACCGUACUCAAUAAAGUUCAACCUGGAGCUGUGCCAAAGGUGGUAGAGAGUCCUGAUUCUGCUCUUGUACCUGAUGGGGCAGCUUUGUCUGCGUAUCAAUAUUUUGAAAACGUGAGAAACUUUCUUGUCGCUGUGCAAGAUAUGGGGCUUCCAACUUUUGAGGCAUCUGAUCUGGAACAAGGAGGAAAAUCUGCAAGGGUGGUGAGUUGUGCUCUAGCACUUAAAUCCUACAGUGACUGGAAACAAACAGGUGGAAUUGGAGUAUGGAAAUUCGGCGGAAAUCUAAAACCCACAACUUCUGGAAAGAAUUUUCUGCGCAAGAAUUCAGAUCCAUUUACAGGAUCCUUAUCAAGGACCUUGUCAGCUGGCGAAAGUUCUUUGAGUGCUAUAUCUCCUAACCUCGACCCUAAUAAUAAGUCUACUUCUUUGAGUAUGCUUGUUCGUGCAAUUCUCUUGGAUAAGAAGCCUGACGAAAUUCCAACUCUGGUGGAGUCCGUACUAUCAAAGGUUGUGGAGGAGUUCGAGCAUCGCGUUGCCGGCCAAACUGAAUUGAGAAAAACAACUUCAAAAGAUGUCCUUACUCAGGCAAAUACCUCUCUGUUGAAGCAUGGCUCUGCUGAUAUCAAGAAAGAAGAGCGAAAGUUUAGGGCAAAGAUUGGGGAAAGCUUUCAUAAAGCCCAUAUCCUGGAGGAGGAAGCUGAAAAGCAAAUUCUGAAACAACAAAUGAUAUUUGAACGGCAGAAUAAAGAGAUUACAGAGCUAAAACAAACUCUUCACACUACGAAAGCUGGCAUUCAGUUCAUGCAAAUGAAGUUCCAUGAGGAUAUCCAUAAUCUUGGUUUGAACAUUCAUGGCCUUGCCCAUGCUGCUUCUGGAUAUCACAAAGUUCUCGAGGAAAACCGGAAGCUAUACAAUCAAGUUCAAGACCUUAAGGGAAGUAUUAGGGUUUAUUGUCGAGUCAGGCCCUUCUUGGGUGGACAAUCAAACUAUUUAAGCUCGGUGGGUCAUAUGGAGGAGGGAACAAUUACUAUAACUACACCAUCCAAGCAUGGAAAAGGUUGUAGGUCAUUCAACUUCAACAAAGUUUUUGGGCCUUCUGCAACCCAAGCGGAGGUCUUUUUAGAUACCCAACCACUGAUUCGAUCUGUCCUUGAUGGGUACAAUGUGUGUAUAUUUGCCUAUGGCCAAACUGGGUCAGGAAAAACUUUCACAAUGACUGGACCUAGAGAUCUUACGGAGCAAAGUCAAGGCGUAAAUUACAGAGCAUUGAGCGAUUUGUUUCUUCUGGCAGAGCAAAGAAAGAACACCUUCCGAUAUGAUGUUUCUGUGCAGAUGAUUGAGAUAUAUAAUGAACAAGUUAGAGAUCUCCUUGUUACUGGUGGUCUUAACAAAAGAUUAGAGAUCCACAAUAGUUCUCAGUCAGGAGUCAAUGUACCAGAUGCAAGCCUUGUUCGAGUUUCAUCUACAUAUGACGUCAUUGAGUUGAUGAACUUAGGACAAAGGAACCGUGCAGUGGGUGCAACAGCUCUCAAUGACCGCAGUAGUCGCUCUCAUAGUUGCUUGACUGUUCAUGUCGAAGGAAGGGACUUGACAUCCGGAACAAUUCUUCGUGGCUGUAUGCAUUUGGUGGAUCUCGCGGGAAGUGAGAGGGUACACAAAUCUGAAGUUACAGGAGAUAGACUUAAAGAGGCGCAACAUAUUAACAGAUCUCUUUCCGCUUUGGGCGAUGUGAUCUCUUCCCUUGCCCAAAAGAAUUCACACGUCCCAUACAGGAAUAGCAAACUCACACAAUUGCUCCAAGACUCGCUUGGAGGGCAGGCCAAGACGCUAAUGUUUGUUCACAUAAGCCCUGAGGCUGACGCUAUAGGAGAAACCAUAAGUACACUCAAAUUUGCUGAGCGAGUUGCCACUGUUGAACUUGGUGCUGCCCGAGUAAACAAAGAUGGUGCAGAUGUUAAAGAGCUCAAAGAGCAGAUUGCUAGUCUUAAAGCAGCCUUGGUAAGGAAAGAAGGAAAAUCAGAGACCAUGCAGGAGAAAGUAUCUGGUAGUCCAUGUGGCAUAGUGUCAUCACCUUAUAGCCCACAGGACGGAGUUACAUUGGAUGAUCAGAAGAGCCGCUGGAAACCAAUGGGGGAUGUAGGCAACAUAGAGGUUAAUAACUUAGCAUUGAGGCAAAAGAGGCAAAGUUUCGAUCUUGAUGAGCUAUUAGGAAAUUCAUCUCCUUGGCCUCCAGUCAGUAGCCCUGGUCAGAAUUACGGAGAGGAUGAUAGAGAAGCAGGAACCGGUGAGUGGGUAGAUAAGGUCAUGGUGAACAGGCAAGAAGCUUUAAAUGGAGUUCAAAACCCUUUAGGACAUUGGGGAACAGACAAUGGACUUGUGUCUGAUGCCUUUUACCAGAAAUAUUUAACGGAUUCUUCAAAAAUAUACACAGAGCCAUCGUACAACAUAUUUGCAGGAAGCAACCAGUUUGAGAUUGCUACUACUGAUGAUUUGGAUGAGCUAGAUGCCGGCACUAGUGAUUCCUCAGAGCCUGAUUUGCUUUGGCAAUUUAAUCAUUCCAAACUUAAUAACUUUACGACUGGGACUGGAUCAAAGGCUCAGAAACCUAAUCCAAAGCUAGCCAAGAGCUCAGAACUAAGCGGCAGGAAUGUGAUUCCUAAAGUAGGCGCCUCGAUGCCACAAAAAUUAUCAAAUGGCACUGGUCCCAUUUCUCAGCGGAACGGGAGGCACGGAAUUCCUACUGAAGCUAAGCGGAAAACUGGGAAUAGAAAGUAGGGGAGAUGCAUGUAUAUCUUUUUUAAUGUUCUAACUUUUUAUCGCUACAUUAGGGUAUUGAGUGUUGAGAGAGGUGAGAUGUUCCAUACCAAAAGUUUUUUUUGUUUUUUUUUUCCGCUUAAUUUCUUUAUGGUUUCGUUUUUUUAUUGUUUAUAUGUAUGUGAAUGCAGCAAUAAUUCCAGUUGCUUGUAAUUUGUUGUUGUCAAGCUUAACUGCUCCAACUCUUUGGAGUUUGUACACAAUUUACCAUUCAUUGACAAGGUGUUACUGCAUCUCA